AUGACUGACUUAGUUGAACGUAAAGGUUUUAAAAUUGAAGCAACUACAACAUCAAAAAAGAAAACAAAAAAGAAAAAAUCAAAAUCAACAGAUCUUGGUCAUGUACGUAUUAUUGAUGAUGAUGCACCAAUAGUAUGGGGUACUACAACAGAAUCUAAUACUAUAGCUGAUGAUGAAAUCGUUUCGUUUGACGAUGCUCCAAUUGUUGUUGGUGUUAUUGAUGAACGUCCAUCAGAAAUUCGUGAAAAAGAACGAUUUAAUGAUGUUAAACGUUGGCGUACAGCAGCUUUUGAAGAAGUUCCUGAACCUAGCAGUAUAGGACCUCAACCAAAACCAACAAAAUCUCAUCCAAAACGAAACUCAUCUGAUGAUAGUGAUCCUGAUAUCGAUCGACGUCAACCAAGAAGAAACGACGAUCCUGAUUUAUCUCUACCAAAACGAAAAACUCACCAGAAUGAUGAUGAUCCUUCUCCACCGAGAAGAAAACGUCAAUCAGAUGAUGAUCCAAGUCCAUCUCGACGACGUGAUUUAUCUCCACCACGAAGAAAAAAUGAUGAUCCUUCUCCUCCAAGAAGAAAACGACAAUCAGGUGAUGACCCUAGUCCACCACGACGACGUGAUCCAUCUCCACCACGACGAAAACAUGAUGAUUCUUCUUCUUCAAGAAGAAAACAUCGAACAAAUGAUGAUUUUAGUCCAUCAAGACGACAUGAUUCAUCACCUCCUCGACGAAAACAUAAAUAUAAUGAUGAUUCAAAUCCAUCAACACGACGUGAUACUUCUUCCCCUCGCAAACAACAACCACGGGAUGACGAUGGAGAUGCAAGUCCUCCAAGACGUCGAGAUAAAUCUUCACCUUCUCAUCAAAAAAAAAGUCGACAUUCUCGACAAGAAUCACCAUCAUCAUCUACAUAUCGUCGUCAAAUAAAAGAAGAAUCAUCAUCAUCAUCAUCAACACAUCGUCGAUCAAAACAAGAAUCACCUCCACCACCUUCUCAACCAGCUAAAUCAGAACGACGACGUUUAGCCGAACACAAAGAACAAGUAGCUGAACGAUAUGCACAAUGGGGUCGUGGUUUAGCUCAAGUUCGACAAGUAGAACAUGCUGUGAAAGAUUAUAUAGAACAAGCAGCAAAACCAUUAGCACGUUAUCGAGAUGAUGCAGAUCUUGAUACUAUGCUUAAAGAAAAAGAACGUGAAGAUGAUCCAAUGCUCAAAUAUCUUUCCAAAAAAACAUCUGAUGUAGGUGAUCGAACGAAUAAUAGUAAUAGUACUCCACCUAAACCUCGUUACAGAGGUCCUGAUCCUCAAAAGAAUAGAUUCGACAUCUGGCCUGGUUAUCGAUGGGAUGGUGUCGAUCGAUCAAAUGGUUAUGAAAAGAAAUUAUUUGAAUCGAUUGCUCAUAGACACGCCAAGACACAAGAAGCCUAUCUAUGGAGUGUUGAAGAUAUGUAA